UGUGAAUAUUUGAGCAGCGUUGUUUUCCUUUGUUAUAACACUUUUGAUGUCUUUGAAGGUUUUGAGGGAAACUGAAGACUUUUCUCUCAUUAUAUUCAUUUCGAACAGACGAAAAAUGAAUGUGUCAGCUGUUGUGACUUUGAAGCAUUUCUGCGGGAGCUCUGGGAAAAUAAAAUAACUGAUUGGGUCCCAAUUAAAUUCAGUUUCAGUCUAAUGUGAUAGCUUCCAUAACAGGACACGUUUCAUUCAAAUUCAAUUAAUAGGUCAAACUAAUAGAUUUAUUUAUAGACAGAAGUAUAUUUGUUCUUAUUGUGGGGUAAGCUCACAUUAAACAAAGGCAGCAAUUACUGUGGAGUAUAACACAUACAGAGCUCCAACACCACGUCGCCUUUCUUCUAUUUUAAUGCCAUGGGAAGCUUCGACAUUUUUCCCAAACCUGCAAGAAAUUCUGUGUUCAGCUACUUAUAUAUUUUUAAAAGGUGCUACUUCUGGGUGUUGCAAAUGAUAUAACUUUGAGUAUUUAGACUUGUACGAUCACCACCGACUCUAAGGACAUGAGAGGGUCCCAUUUUGGCAUUUUAUCGAUUAAGUGGUUUAUCAAUAAAACUCGCAAACAAAUUCAUAGAUGUAUAUAUUGUGGGACUAUAACGAUCAUUGUAUUAUUGAAAUUGUUUCCAAAUUAUUGUUUUAUUUUUUUUAAAUUGUAUUUAUAUUUGUUGAGGUUUCAUUAUACUCCCAAAUAAAGGCUAAACAACACAGGGUCCUACAUUUAGCUGUAUGCAACCAAUAGCAUCUCUUCUACCACACAAAGCUUUCUGUUGAAUAUUUCAGUCUCCAAGCCGACCUAACUAACCAAAUAACCCCGAUGACACCGUCAGGGUUUCUAAGGUUGGGUUUCUGGUCUCUUUUCUUUCUCGUUGACCUCUCCUUUGGUUUGUUUUCAAUUGAUGGACUCGGUCUCCCUUUACUUCCUGCCUUCACAGAUGCAAAUGAGUGUGCAGGAAAGCCCUGCGUGAACGCUUACUCUUGCAAAAAUUUGAUUGGCGGCUAUCUCUGCGACUGUUUUCGGGGAUGGUCCGGACAAAACUGUGGCAUCAACAUCAACGGCUGCCAUGGUCAGUGCCAGAACGGAGCAACAUGCAAGGAGGGCCAGAGCAGUUACCACUGCCAGUGUCCUCCAGGCUUUGUAGGCACUCACUGUGAAAUCCAGAGGAACAAGUGUGAGAGCAGACCGUGUCAGAACGGAGGACAGUGCCACGCCGUGCUGGACGACUUCGUGUGUCAGUGCCCACCGCAGUUUGCUGGACAGCUGUGUGAGAUCUCUGGCUGGACCCCCUCAGAUGCGUGUGAUCCGAACCCCUGUGAGAACGAGGCCCAGUGCCACAGCAUGGAGCAGGACUUCUACUGCGCCUGCCCCGAAGGCUUCGAGGGGAAAACCUGUGAGCGUCUGAAGGAGAACUGCCAGACCGCCCCGUGUCAAGUGAUUGACAGCUGCACUGUUGCUGUGGCAACCAACGACUCAGCCGGAGUGCGUCACAUCUCCUCAAACGUCUGCGGGCCGAGAGGACGAUGCAUCAGCCAGCCCGCCGGAAACUUCUCCUGCUUCUGUGACCCGGGCUUCAGCGGCAUCUACUGCCAUGAGAAUAUCAACGACUGCACCAGCAACCCCUGUGGGAACGGAGGGACCUGCAUUGAUGGAGUGAACUCGUUUCAGUGCGUCUGUCCCGAUGGUUGGGAAGGUCGACUCUGCGACCUCAAUGUCAACGAGUGCAGACACAACCCGUGUAAGAACGGCGGGCGCUGCGUGGAUCUGGUGAACGACUUCUACUGCGAGUGUGCCGACAACUGGAAGGGCAAGACCUGCCAUUCCCGUGAGAGCCAGUGUGACGCGACCACCUGCAGUAACGGAGGAACCUGCUACGACCACGUAGACGCUUUCCGCUGUGCCUGCCCUCCUGGAUGGGGAGGAAACACCUGCAACACAGCCAAGAACAGCACAUGCGCCUCCAGUCCUUGCUCCAACAGUGGGACCUGUGUGGGAGGAGGAGACACUUUCACCUGCAUCUGCAAAGAGGGCUGGGAAGGCCCCACCUGCGGCCAGAAUAUAAACGACUGCAACCCUCAUCCAUGGGAGAAGGACAACAGUCCCACCUACCCCAUGGUGAAUGCAGACAUAAACGAGUGCCAGUCUUCGCCCUGUGCCUACGGUGCCUCCUGUGUGGACGAGAUCAACGGUUUCCGCUGCAUCUGUCCACUCGGUAGAACAGGAGCCCGAUGCCAAGAGUUUAUAGGUAUUGGGAAGACUUGCCGCUAUGUUGGGCUGCAGUUUCCACAUGGCAGUCACUGGGAGGAGGACUGCAACAGCUGCCAUUGCAUCAAUGGCAAAGUGGAAUGUACAAAGGUGCUGUGUGGUCGUCGUCCCUGCCGGCUCCAGACUUCAGACUCAGACCAGAGACAUCAGUCCUGCCCGGCUGGACGCCAGUGUCUGGAGCACAGCUACCUCACCUGCUUCUCCCCCCCUUGCCAUCAGUGGGGGGUUUGCUCCAUGGCAGAAGCCUCACCUCCAAAAGCAACCACCAAGUGCCAGCCAAACACCGGGCAUUUGGAUAACAGCUGUGGCCGCAUAACACUCAUUUUCAACAAAGACAAAGUACCAACAGGAACAACAGUGGAGAACAUAUGCCAUGAGCUAAGGUAUCUUCCUGACACCCGAGGUUUGGCAAAGGACCACUUCCUUCUCCUGCUGUGUGACCUCUCUCAGUCGAAUCAGGAUGCUGUAGAGGUGGCUAUAUCUUUCCAUCCAGAGGAUCUUCCAGACCACAGUCUUAUCCGGGAGGCAGCCAGCGCUAUAGUGGGCACGUUGUCCAAGCGGCACAACAGCACCGUAAUGUUGGCUGUCAUUGAGGUCAAAGUGGAAACACCAGUCAUGCCCCCCUCAGUGGAUUACCUGGUGCCUAUUCUAUGUGGGAUCUUCUGCUUGCUCUGCCUCUUCUGCAUCAUCGUAUCUGUUUGGUGGACGCGCAAACGGAGAAAAGAGCGUGAGAGGAACACAUCCUCCGAUGAUAACGUGAACAACCAAUGGCAGCCGCUCCGGCUCGUUGUUGGACGUCAGCAGCAGCAGCAGGCGCUGAAGGAAAACAACAGGGACGCCGAGCAGGAGCGCAAAAAGCUCAUGGGCCCCUCCUAUCGGACAUGUGACGAGGAGGAGGAGGAGGAGGAGGAAGAGACGGAAGGCGAGCUUGAACUCGAAGAGGAGUGUGGUGGAGCAGAGGCGGGGAAGCAGCCAGUUUAUAAGUACUCUAAGACUGCAUCGCAGUCCAGUGGGGAAGUGAUCUGUACCAUGCACAGCUCCAGCUCAUCCCUCAAAGCGCCCCACCGGACCCCAGGCUACAGCCCCAAAGACAACCGCUGGAAAAAUGUCAGUGCCGUCUUGACUGGUCAAAAAGACCUCAAAGACCAUUGUGUAUUAGACAUUUAAACAAAGGACUCGUGAUGUGGAAGCGAGAGAAGCAGCAAGGCAGCGGCUAUUCUUAUUUUUGGACUUCUUUUUGAAAGAAAAAAGGCUUUGUGUUUUAUAAGUCUUUCUUUGAUUUGUUUUCAUGUUUUUUUCACUGUCACCUGAAAUUAGUUUUUCUUCAGGAGUCUAGAGCACAGUGAACAUCCUAAUUUGCUUCUGUUCAUUUAUUUGUCUCUGAUUAUGUACAGAAGGAGCUGAAAUGUAACACUUUUUCAGGAGGCAAAAGAAGCUUCCUGCAUUUUUUGUUUAUGGAGUUAUACCAUUUAUGAAACGAUGAAUCAUCGGAAAGGAGAAAAAAAGAAACCUGUAUAAAGACUUUUUUUUGUUUACAGAUUAUGUUUUUGUUUAAUUGUCAGCGGGCUCCUGUUCAGUGUCUGUGGUGGGGCAGAUACACUUUAAAGGGACAGUAAAGCAAAGUUUUUGAGGGAAACGGACUGUUGCAGCCACAGUAACAGAGAAACCCUCCUUUGCUCUGUCUCUUCCCGGCUUUGCCCGCCGAUCCACCUGUGGCCGUCAUGCGCCAGCCUUACCAAAACACUUGGCCUGGAGGGGAGAGGGGACAGAAACCCCAGUGCCUACUAUGUGGCCUUCCUUUUUUGUUCUGUCUCUCAGUUGUCUUGGCUGAAAGCUCUGUUUGAGGAUUUUUUGCAGUAUUUGAGUUGGUAGCAAGUGCCUUUCCAAGAGCCGCCGUGUUGAGGCUCCGAGUCGCGCUGCCCAGUUUGACCUCCAUGUUCUCAAAUCUCAAAGGGAUAGAAGUGUACAUCUAGAGAGUUCAAUUUCACAGCAACGCCAUUCGAGGUAUUUGAUCAAAACAGAAAUGAAUACUCUGUAUAUAUGUGUAAAUACUAAAGGAGUCGCUGUGUAUAUUUGAAAUAAGUAACUUAAAGACAAGUCACACAUUUUUAUUAUUAUUAUUGUUAUAAUUAUUACGAUUAAUAUUAUUUUUAUUUUUUUUACAACGUCAUUCCUUUUAUUUAUGCCAGUCGAAAUAGGCACGUUUUAUAACACUUCAUAUCCAGAGUCCCACAGUUAAGAACCUUUACAGUGAGGUACCACCUAUGAAGGACUUUCUGAAGGGUUUAGAAAUGGUAAGCAAUGAGGACCCUUUUUUUUUUUUGAUUGUCACAUCAACAGUUGUUGCUACGUCUUUAGCGCUUUUAAGUUACAGCAAAUCAGUGAGGCUUGUCAACAUCAGACACUUCCCAUAACAAUAAAUGACCAAAAGAUUACUACUUCCAUUUCAUGUUUGAUAAUAAAACCGGAUUUUUCAUGGAUGUAUUUGGUAAUCAUUACUAGAUUUGGUCGUAAUCUUAAACUUACGUUUUUUUGAUUGACCUUAGUCGACAGUUGGACAGAAGAAAUCACGGUCUUUGUAAUUGUUUUGCACUUAACUUUCUCUAUUGAAGGAAACCUUUAUUAGGAACAGGAAGAUGUAUGAAUGAUUGUUCCGGUUCCUAAUAUUUCAUAAUUGCAUUGCAAAAUAGAAUUUGAACCCUGUCAUAUUUGAACUGGUAGUCAAAAAUGUAUCAAAAAGAUACAUCGAAAAUUCAGAGAGUUUUAGGCAGGCAGUGUUGCAAAACUGCCAAUAUUUAUAGCCUUAAAAAGUCCUCAAACUGUUUCUAAACCCGUCACAAACCCUUUUGUUUCAGGUGCCUUAAUGUAAUGCAUUAUUUGUGUAUCAAUGGUCAUCUUUUUAUGUUGUUGGUUUGUUUUCAAUAUUAAGGAAAGUAACUCUUUAAAACGUUGUGUGGUGUAUAGUGGCGUGUUUUAUUCGCCUGAGUAAAGUGCUCUCCUUGUGUCGCUUUGCUAUCACGGAGAUUUCUGGAAUAAAACACUUGAUGGAGGUUAAAAAAAUUAAGCGGUCCACCAUGACUCUUUGGAGUGUCAUGCAUGUGGAUGUCAGUAGAUCAAUUGUUGAAUCAUGCAUUAGCUUCAUGUUUGGUUACACGGCUUUAAUGAAGGGAACAAUAUUUGCAGUUUUUGUUUCCUACCGUGCAGGUGUGUUUUUUUUUUUUAAGUUACCAACUCAGUUCAAAAUGACCCGUUUUUCAUAUCUUGUCACUGUCUCAAAAAGGCAUCGUAUUUUCUGUAAAUGGGACACAGCAAAAUAAAGAAUUAAAGAUGCAUCACUGCUGGUGUUAAAAGCUGAA